AACGCGGUCAGACCAGACUAGCAGAUCACCGAGCGCGCGAUCAAGUUUCUCAGUCACAACUAAUCUAUACAAAAAACAUGGAGCUUCUCUGUUUGUACAUACCGCUUUUUCUUUUCCUCUUGAAUGAAGCCGAGACUAGCCUGGCUGAUAAAGGAGCACGAUGGCAGAAAUAUCUCACCCAGAUUUCUGAGGACACCAAACACUACCAGCCAUGCAGUCAGGACAAGUGCAGUUGCCACAUCAGCGUCCUGAAGAAGGACCUGAAGCCGUUCAGCAGCGGCAUCACCAAGGAGCUCAUGAUGGACACAGUGCGGCGUGGCGUGGGCACACAUUACCAGAUCAUCAAACACAAACUAUACAGGGAACCGGAGUGCAUGUUUCCAGCAAGGUGCAGUGGAGUCGAGCAUUUUAUCCUGGAAGUGAUUGACAGGUUGCCAGAUAUGGAGAUGAUAAUCAAUGUGCGUGACUAUCCUCAGGUGCCAUCAUGGGUUCAGGCCAUACUUCCUGUUCUCUCCUUUAGCAAGACUCCGGAUUAUCAGGACAUCAUGUAUCCUGCCUGGACGUUUUGGGAAGGUGGACCUGCAGUUUGGCCCAUUUACCCGACUGGACUGGGUCGCUGGGACCUGAUGAGAGAAGAUCUGAAAAAAUCAGCAGCUCGAUGGCCAUGGAAAAAGAAAAGCUCCAAAGGUUUCUUCAGAGGCUCUAGGACCAGUCCAGAGAGAGACCCGUUAAUUCUGCUCUCCAGAGAGGAUCCGAGUCUGGUGGAUGCCGAAUACACUAAGAAUCAGGCGUGGAAAUCUGAAAAGGACACUCUGGGUAGACCCCCAGCUACGGAAAUUCCCCUGGUUGAUCACUGCGAAUAUAAGUACCUCUUUAAUUUCCGAGGCGUGGCGGCCAGCUUUCGCCUCAAGCACCUGUUUCUCUGUGGCUCUCUGGUCUUCCAUGUAGGAGAGGAGUGGCUCGAGUUUUUCUAUCCUCAGCUCAAGCCCUGGGUUCACUACAUCCCGGUGAAACAGGACCUCUCUGACCUCAGGGAGCUGCUGCAGUUUGUGCAGGAAAACGACAAAACCGCAGAGGCCAUUGCGCUAAGGGGCCAGAAGUUUAUCGAGGAUCACCUCCGUAUGGAGGACGUGUCCUGCUACUGGGAGAAACUCCUCACUGAUUACAGCAAGCUGCUCAAGUACAAACCCAAACGCAAAUCCAGCUACAACCAGAUCACCCGCAAACCCGACCGGUCUGAACUCUGACCUGCACUGGCAUGUGACAGGAAUGUCCGAGAAAAUGAGUUGCUCAGCUUCUGAUUUGAAACAGAUCAGGUGUUCAUGACUGCAAUUCGAUUUUUUUACUUUCCUCCCCCACUGAAGACACAUACUGCCCCCUUCUGGGUGAUGAACCAACACUCACACAUGCACUGACUGUUAAUUCUCUUUGUACUUCUCUCACAGCUUAAACACACCUGGCUCAUCAGGUUUAGUUGUUAUAGAGCAGGAACCAUACAAAACUUCAUCUUAACCAUCUCAUCUUAGCCAAAAUGGAUUACUUCUCAUUAUAUGUGUCAUGCAGGUAGUAGAGCUGCCAUAGGUACACUAUAUUGCCAAAGGUUUUGGAACACCCCUCCAAAUCAUUUAAUUCAGGGGUUGGGCUCGGCCCCUUAGUUCCAGUGAAAGGAACUCUUAAUGCUUCAUCAUAACAAGAAACUUUGGACAAUUUCAUGCUCCCAACAUUGUGGGAACAGUUUGGGGAUGGCCCCUUCCUGUUCCAACAUGACUGUACACCAGUGCACAAAGCAAGGUCCAUAUAGACAUGGAUGAACGAGUUUGGUGUGGAGGAACUUCACAGAGUCCUGACCUCAACCUGAUAGAACAUCUUUGGGAUGAAUUAGAGCGGAGACAGCGAGCCAGGGCAAAACUGGGACGUCUUCCUUUACAUACACACAAAUGUAAUAUGGAGUUGGCCCGCCAUUUGCAGCUAUAACAGCUUGUGGAAAGCCUUCCCAGAAGAGUUGGAGUGUGUUUAUGGGAAUUUUUGACCAUUCCCCUAGAAGUGCAUUUGUGAGGUCAGGCACUGAUGUUGGAUGAGAAAGCCUGGCUCACAGUCUCCGCUCUAAUUCAUCAAGUUGGGAGUAUGAAAUUGUCCAAAAUGUCUUGGUAUGCUGAAGCAUUAAGACUUCCUUUCACUUGAACUAAGGGGCCGAGUCCAACCCCUGAAAAAAACAAAACAAAAAAAACCCACAAUAACACCUGAAUUCAAUGCCUUUAUAGGGGUGUCCCAAAACUUUUGGCAAUAUAGUGUAUUAAUCACCUGGGACAUAUAAAUAUCUACAA